AAAAAAAUUCUUUUAGGCUUUUCAGAAUUUAAAAUUGAAAAUAGAUGAACUCAUUAAAUGUUACAUUAUAUCAAUAAUAGGAAAACAUUUUUCCAGUGUAAUCUGUAUUAAGUUUACAAGUCCGAUUACAGUCCACCAACUGUUGCAACAUUGAGAAGUGGGUCAGCAACUUUCAGUGCCACAUGAUCAUAUGCAUCCCUAUAAAAAGUGCACUGAUGAUGCAACUGCAAUCGAGUUGAACGCCAGUUGAAAUGCAUUCCGGAAUUGCAGUCAUCUUUAUCUUUGCAGCUCUGAUCGCUGCCACAAUCGUGCCAACUCAAACUUUGGCCGUUCCCCUGGAAGAUGACACUGUAGAUAGACCAAAUACCGAUUAUGCAGCCUUGUUUAAAUCGUUUCUGGACAUGGGAAAUGCUCUCUUCGGAACUUGGACUCCAGCUGGAGCUAUAGAGGAGUUCAUUAGGAAACGAGAAGGACAGGGUCUUGGGUAUUAGGAAAUCCCAUCCAACUACUGACCACUUUCCACAGAUGCGUUGCAUAAGCUUUGCAUGCAUCAAUAAAGAUUUUAAACAUUCGCAACGGAAAGCCGAAGAAAGAGGGUUUUUAGGAGUGGUGGCUGUGUAUGUUUUUUUGUGAGGGGUCAGAGACAACGUUUUAAUUAUGCACGCUUCAGUUUUUUGGCCAUAUCACCCAACAUUACCAAUCUGACUUGUUAUUGGCUAUUGGAUAUAUGAUAUUUUGCUUAGGCUAAUACCCUGCUUAAAGGGUCAUUUACACGCAUUUUAUAUUUUCAGCUUGAUAAUAAAAUAGAAAAAUCCUUAAAAAUAAA